UGAUUCUGUUUUUGAAUUUCUAAGGAGAAGCUGGGACGGUUGUUGUUGGUGGUGUUGCAGAUCUGUGUUGGUUGGUGUGAUAAAAGAGAAGUUUAAAGAUGAGUCGGAACAGUGGAAGCCCUCUGAGAGAUCGCAGGAUCCGCACUGAGCGUUUCUCAUACCGCGACGCACCUUACAGGAGAGAGUCACACCAGCAUUUCAGGCAAGGCAAUUUGUGCAAGAACUGCAAGCGCCCGGGACAUUAUGCUAGAGAGUGCCAUAAUGUGGCUGUCUGUAACAACUGUGGGCUCCCUGGGCACAUCGCAUUGGAGUGCACUACCAAGUCAAUAUGUUGGAAUUGUAGAGAGCCUGGGCACAUGGCCAGCGAUUGCCCAAAUGAAGGCAUCUGUCAUACUUGUGGCAAGGCGGGCCAUCUUGCCAAACACUGCUCAGCCCCAGAGCUGCCACCUGGGGAUCUGAGUCUCUGUAAUAACUGCUACAAGCAAGGGCAUAUUGCCGCUGACUGUACAAAUGAGAAGGCCUGCAACAACUGUAGAAAGACGGGGCACUUGGCACGUGACUGUCAGAAUGAGCCCAUCUGCAACUUGUGCAAUAUUUCUGGACAUGUUGCCAGGGAGUGCCCCAAGACCGAGGUGUUUGGAGAGAGGGGUGGCGGGGGCCGUAUCAGCAGUUACCGAGAAGUGGUAUGCCGGACAUGCAAUCAAGUUGGCCAUAUGAGCAGGGACUGUAUGGGCCCCAUGACAAUCUGCCGCAACUGCGGAGGCCGAGGUCACUUUGCGUUCGAGUGCCCGUCUGGGAGGUUUAUAGACCGUGCGCCCCGAAGGUAUUAAUGCGGGCAACUGGCAGGUCAUCUGGCUUGAGGUGAUAGUCAUUUGGACUCAUAGGAGUUGGGCAUUGCUGCUUCCUUUUUAAUGGAUAUUUUCAUCGAUCAUUUGCUUCAUUGGAGUCCUUUUGAUGUUGAAAGUCAAUGGAAGGUCAGUGGGGGCGGCGGCGGCCGAGUCCUCCUGACACCCACUAGCUUUUUCCUCAUUUGUUCUCACUAUUUCUCAUGACUGCAAGUUAUUUACAAGUUUGAAGGUGUCAUAAUGCUCAUGUCCUCACUAUUGAAUUAAUAGGCACGGUUCUGCUACUGUGCUUCAGGGAUGUAGGUCUAAUGUUCUCAUGAGACGUGUGUUAUCACUAUGUCAUCUGGACCAUUGAUCUGA